AUGUCCACCAAAAAGCCCUCCCCACCCCCCACAACCCUAACAGCAACCUGCAACUGCGCCGCCAUCCAACUCUCCGUAACCGGCAUCGACAAAGGCUCCGUCCUCUGCCACUGCUCCAACUGCCGGCGCGCCUCGGGCAGCGCCUUCGCCUACAACCACCGCUUCCUGCCGGGCGAGCUCACAUUCGCCAAAGGCGAGGAGGCCAUUAGGCAGUACGUUGAUACCAACACGAAGAGCGGCAAUCCUCUGGAGAGGCAUUUUUGCGGGACUUGUGGAUGUCCGAUGUUUAUGAAGAACCCGCAGUUCAAAGGCCUGAUUGUUUUACAUGGCGGCUCGCUGGAGGAUCAUAGAGUGCAGCCGAGGCAAGAAUUGUUCAUCGAGGACAAGCGGCCGUGGGUGGGGGAGGUGACGAGCAAGAAAGCGAAAUUGUAG